AUGAGAAUGGCAGAUAGAUAUGGCGACAAGGAAGUUUACGUUUUUCUGCAUUCGGAUGGAAGAAGAGACAGCAUAACGGCUAAAGAAUUAUAUAAGAAGUCUCGGCAGUUAGCGCACUCGCUUUUAUCAAUGGGAGUAGGAAAAGGUGAUGUGGUAGCAACGUGUUUGUACAAUGAUCUAGACUUGUUAAUAUGCACAUUUGGAGUGAUUUGCACAGGGGCAAUUCAAUUGAAUGCAACUAUCAGGAACGAAGAUGGGAGUGAUUUACAUAGCAAGCUGAAAAAUCUCGACGUCAAAUGCUUAGUUCUAAAUCCUGGAGAUGAUCACAAGCAGCUGAAAGCUUGCAUGAAUUUUAUUCAGAAAAUCAACGCAGAUGGAUCAGUUCAAAGUUCGCAAGUUCCAGCACUUAAACGGCUUAUUUCAACUUCGACGGUUAAUGGAUUGGAAAUGCUUCAGCUCAGGGAGUGUUUGAGAGAACAAGGAGAUUCUUUUAAAUUGCCAAAACUUGACCCAGAGGCUACCAUGCUACUUUUUCCUACUUUGGGAUCAACGGGAGAGUCGAAAUUUGUACCACACUCGCACCAUGACGCAAUGAUAAUAGGGCAUCACUUGAAAGUAUCCAUUGGAUACGACACUGCAGACGUAAUGUAUUGUGAACGCCGCAUUGCCUGGAUUGGUGGCUUUCCAUUUAUGUUCUUACAUGAUGCGCUUAAAGUUGUGACAAAAACAAAACCGUUCAGCACCCUAAGAGAGCUUUUUGAGUUCACAUACAAAGUGAUGCGGAAAGAAAGAUGCACAGUUGCGGGUCUUUUACCAUCAACGGUUAUUGGGCUUGUCGACAUGGUCAAAGACAUGCCUGAAAAACCAAGCUUUCUAUUGAAGAAUAUUCACACGGCUGGUCUUCCUGUUGAUUCAACUUGUAUGAAUGCGAUCGUAAUAUUGACUGAAACAGUCACAAACGCAUAUGGCUCGUCCGAGGGAGGUUGCUUUACAAGUAACCCGGUGAAGAAAAAGGAAAACUACCUAAACUACUGUAGCGGAAAGCCACUUGCUGGAUUUGAACUGAAAGUCGUGAAUGACGAAGGUUUUGUUGUUGAAAGAGAGAAAGUAGGACUAAUAUCCGUGCGUUCAUUCAACCAAUCGCAUAUAAUAUGUAAUGGCGAGUUUCACUUUGUUUUAGAAUGUGUUUUAUAUAACGAUUAA